AAUUAGCUUCCUAGCUGAGUGUGAUACCUUGCUCUUUCUCUCUGGGGAUUGUAGCUAGGCUAGCUAGCAAGCGGAUAGUGUACAUUUAUUUAAUUGAACAAAGUGGCCGGGUAAAUAGCUACAUUCGAAUAUUUGGACCUUCAUAAAAUGGAGGCCCCUUCAGACAGCGGUUCCCACGUCCAUGUUGGUUCGGUCGUCCAGGUAUGUUUCCCUAGUGUCCGGACAGCAGUUUUGGACAGUCUGAACCAGCAGCGACUAGAAGGGAGGCUAUGUGAUCUGUCUAUCCAAGUACAGCGGCAGGUGUUCAGGGCCCACCGGUGCGUGCUUGCUGCCUCUUCGCCCUACUUUCACGACCAGGUGCUCCUCAAGAACGUGACGACCGUGUCGCUGCCCUCCGUCAUGGACCCGGUGGCGUUCGAGAGUGUCCUGAGCUCCGCCUACACGGGCCAGCUCAGCAUCCUGCGCGACGACAUUGUCAACUAUGUGACGGUGGCCAGCUUCCUGCAGAUGUGGCACAUCGUGGACAAAUGCACGGAGAUCCUGAAGAGGCCUCGAGCCUCGGCAGAGCCCGGCCAGGGAGACUCCGCCCCCGGCGCCUCGUACCCCGCCGCCUCCUCCAGGCAACAGUCUCCCAGCAGCACGGACUGCCUGUACGUGGAGAGGGAGGGGAGCAGGAAGGACAGGCGCACGGACGCCCUGCCCCCCUUAGCAACCUGGAGGAGGCCCCAGCAGUUCCCCAGGUGCAGCCGUCCCAGGACGUCCGCUCACCCCGCGGACUCCCAGCUCGUGGGGCCGGGAGGGGAGAGCGACUACUCCAGCUGUGACGAGGUGUGGAUGACCAGCAGCAAGGCCUUCAGUCACGACGGGAGAGGAGGGAGGCAGGACUACGGCCACCCCCCCACCAGGCCCCAGGGGGAGCUGCCAGGGGAGGGCCUCAGGCUGAGAGCCAGGCCCCGACAGAGAGACCCCCCGCCCGGCUCAGACAGGCUGCACGGCAGGGAGCGAGGGAGGGGGGAGGAGGGUGGCAUUUUUGAAGGCGAGUCCCAGGAGAAGAAGAGGAAUGAAAGGUGGAUCGAAGCGGAUGAAGGAAUCGGAGAAGUUGAGGCGGAGAAAAGCGUGUGGUCACACCGGACAGGACACUCUGAUGACUUCAGCAUGACUGUACCCCAAAGCGGAGAAGGACUGGCGGAGGCUAAAGUGAAUCCAGACGUGUCGCUGAAGAAGGAGGAGCGUGAGCAGCCCCGUGGAGGGGGAGCCCCCGCGGGGCCCCUGGGCCCUCUCUCCCCCAGCUCCACACCCUCACAUCGGGUACCGUGGCAGGCCGGCUCCUGGUCCCAGCAGGGAGCCAAGCCACAGGACAGGCCAGAGGUGGAUGAAGACGAGGAGGAAGAGGAAGAGGAGGUCGACUUUGGACGGUUUGCUGACGGUGCGUUUGGCGGGGACACCUAUGAUGAGAUAGAAGAUGGUACAGGCCAGGUUUCCCAGAGGCCUCUGCUGCCUGCCUCUCCUGACGACAGCGAGUUUAACCUGGGGGGGCCGGAGAUGGACUGGCCCUCCUCAAACAUGGGUCAGCCUGGCGCCUCCAACCCCCCCUCCAACCACCACCUCUCCUCAUCCUCUGCCAUGUUCCCUCCCUCUCUGUCUCCCCCAACCCCCCACGCUGGCGCCCCUUACCGUGGCAAAGUGCAUUUCUGCCACUGCGGGAAAGCGUACACCCUGAAGAGCAUGCGGGAUCGCCACGUCAAGAUGCAGCACCUCAACCUGCGGCCGUUCGGCUGCCUGGUCUGCGCCAAGACCUUCAAGAUGAAGCACCACCUGACCAAGCACCUGAAGACCCACGGAGGCCUCCGCCCCUACGAGUGCCGGCUGUGCGGGAAGAAGGUGAUCUGGAGGGACAGCUUCCUGCGGCACCAGGCGCGCUGUGAGAGGCUCACAGCCAGCUACAGUGACAUCACCUCUGCUUGUAGCAACACCGGCACCUCCGCCGAGAUGGACUACGGCUUUGAGGAAGGGCAGGGGUUCCUCGCGGAGGGGGGGCAGGUGAAGGUGGAGGAGACUGACUUCCAGGGGGAGGUGGAGGCCGGGGUGAGUGGGUUGCUGGGUGGAGAAGUUGCAGGUGUGGAUGCCCUGGACCAGGACUCUGGGUAAUGAGGACUGAGAGCAUGUUUAACAGGUCAGUGGAUUAACUGAUGGAGAUGGAUUGACUCACUUGAUCUCAACAUCCACUCCACAAGGGAGGAUACAGCUGGUUGAAUUUGAAGGAUUUAGGGAUGCAGGAAAUACCAUUCAUACAUAAUAAACAUUUAAAAUCAAUAUACCCCUUUUUUAUGGAACUUUGAAUGUCCUACCUGAAACCUUUAACCAAGAGAAAAGACCUACAAUACAUUUUAAUUGGAUCAUAUAUUUUUGUUGCCUUAGAUUUGUACAUAAAUUAUGUUCCAGUUCAAAUUGAAAUUAUGGAUUUCAGAGUAUAUACAUUUAUGUGACCUUGUCCAGGAGGAACAAUCAUGUUCUGAACUAGAUCCUGAAUCUUGUAGUUUGAUGUUUGUGAAGUUACUGGAAACCCAGAUGAGAAGAGCAGUCUGUAAAUGUAUUUAAAUCACCAAAAAGACAGUUGCACAUUAUACAUUUGUCUACAUUUGUCUAUUUAUUUUCAUGAUUAACUGCUAAAACUAAAACAAUAGCUCUCUAGGGAUAAAAUAAUGAAUUAGUAGAUGUUGUAGGUGCAACAAGAGCUCACAAAUGUCCAUUAUUAGUGGGCCAGUGAAAAUAAUUUGAGAUCAUAAGCAGAGUGGUCUGAUAUUUCAUUGGGGCCUGGCUAGACAAUCUGAAGUUGGUUUCUCUUUUAAGGUAGGGGAAAAGUCUUAGUUCUGCUUGUUGUUUUGACAAGAGAAGCUAUUAAAGAAAUGUCAUCGACGAAAUCUAAUCUGAACUGACCAGUUCCACAACAUGCCUUGGUGUACCCUACCAUGUACGCAACACUUUAGCGGUCAAAGUUAAAUUUGUACUUUAUUUCUGAGAAAACAUGGGCAAUUGACAUAUCUUUAUUUCCAGUUAGGAUGAAGAGUACAAAAUGUGGCUACACAGUUUACACAAACACAGCAGUCUACAUGGUUCUCUCGUUUCUUUUUUAAACAUUUAGCACCAGUUGUACGCUACGUCAGCACCCUCAGGUGAAUUUAAUGUUUUUUUUUUGUUUCUUUUUUUUUAUGUCGUUUUUAUUAAGUUUCAUUAGACACACUCUACCUGCGUGAGAGGUAGUAUCAUUAAUGAGGCACACGAUCUAAUGGAAACUUUUCUGAAUUACACCGUCCACUUUCACUAUUAAAUUCCUUACACAUGACUUUGACCCCUCAACAACAUCGUCUGACCAUCUUCAUAAUUCUAUUCAAUAAGCCUCUCAACCAUAUCAAUCUCUAAAAGUAAUAAAAAAACACGAGAAGAUAAGAGUUAGCAAAGCUACUUCAGUAUUCAUUACCUUUUUAUCAGGAGGCGCUGGAAUGCUGUUUGUUCUAAGAAUCUGAUAGGCUUGCAUGACAUAACUGUACAAUCAUGACUCAACAAAGACAAAUGGACAAAGACAACAUUUCUAUUAAAGUUAUGAAAGUAUUACAGUGCAUUAGAAUCCAUAUUUUUUGUGUUUGUUUCACAUGACAUUUUCAAAUGCACAAGCCAGAACCUCAUGACAACACGCUUUUCACAUAACUAUUUCGACAUGACAAAAACAAUGACCACAAACUAUUUUCAGCUCUAAAUUUCACCAAUGCUGACAUACAGAGUGAAACCCUGGAGGUGGGAAUUAAAAAGCAUGACUAAAGAGCACAAAUCUGACAACAGUCAACAAACAAAUCAAGACACGUCAUGGACAUCCCCUUGACAGCAGAUACAAGCACUGUCAGAAUAAAAGUUUGAGCAGUUACAUUAAAUCAUUUUAGCGUGUCUGAAAAUAAAGACACCGGGAGAG